CGAGCGCGGGCCUGGGCCAGGGCCGGGGCCCGGGCGGACGGCGGGGGCCGGGAGGCGCCGCCCCCGAGGUCCUUCUGUGGCCCCAAAGGAGCCAGGGCGAGGGCGAGGCUGACCGGGGCCGAAACCAUGAACCGGAGUUUUCACAAGUCUCAGACCCUGCGCUUCUACGACUGCGGCGCGGUGGAAGUCAAGAGCAAGUUUGGGGCUGAAUUCCGAAGGUUCUCCUUGGACCGUCACAAGCCUGGGAAAUUUGAGGAUUUCUACAAGCUGGUGGUGCACACCCACCACAUCUCCAACACGGAAGUGACCAUCGGCUACGCGGAUGUGCACGGGGACCUGCUGCCCAUCAACAACGAUGACAACUUCUGUAAGGCGGUCUCCAGCGCAAAUCCCCUGCUCAGGGUCUUCAUCCAGAAACGAGAAGAGGCAGACCACUACAACUUCGGGGCGGGCACCCUGUCGCGAAAGAAGAAGGUGCUGGUGACGCUGCGGGACGAGGGUCUGCGCCGGCGCACGCACCUCAACAUCGGCAUGCCCCACGACUUCCGCCCCGUGUCCUCCAUCAUUGACGUGGACAUCCUCCCCGAGACGCACCGCCGAGUCAGGCUGUACAGGCACGGCUGUGAGAAGCCACUGGGCUUCUACAUCCGCGACGGCACCAGCGUGCGGGUGACCCCCCACGGGCUGGAGAAGGUCCCGGGCAUUUUCAUCUCCCGCAUGGUCCCCGGGGGCCUUGCAGAGAGCACCGGGCUGCUGGCCGUGAACGACGAAGUCUUGGAGGUGAACGGGAUCGAGGUGGCCGGAAAGACGCUGGACCAGGUCACGGACAUGAUGAUCGCCAACAGCCACAACCUCAUCAUCACCGUGAAACCCGCCAACCAGCGGAACAACGUGGUCCGCAGCAGCCGCACCUCAGGCAGCUCGGGCCAGUCCACGGACAGCACCGCCAGCCACCACAGCCUGCCGGCCGCCCACGUGCUACAGAACUUCCACCCAGACGAGAUGGAGAGCGACGAGGAGGCCGACAUCGUCAUCGAGGGGGCUCUGGAGCCCCGCCACGGGCCCAAGACGCAGGGGCCGCCCUCAGGCAGCCUCUCUCGGGUCAAUGGCACCAGCCUGGCUCAGAGGCUGCACCGGGACCUGGCCCUGAAUAGCUCCGGGCGCGAAAGCAACGGCAGCAUCCACAAACUGCUCAGCUCCCUAAAGUCAGACCCCCGCCACAGCCUGGUCUUCCCCCAGGGAGGAGUCGAGGAGCACGGGCCCGCGGUCACGCUCUAGUGCUGCGCGGACUGCCGGGUCGCCUGCAGCUCAGAUGCCUGCAGACCUCACGGAGCGGGCAGAGUCCGGAGAGACCUGGCCAGGACUGUUGAGUACACAGUGAUAAGUAAAAUUCCAAGGGGAAAUAUUUUUAAAUUUUUUAUUCCAGUUUUAAAAUAAGAAAGAUAAUUGUAUAAAUCACCCCUCCUUUUUUGUUUUUAUCACUCCCUUUUCUCCCACAACCUUACUCUGCUUCACCUCCUUGAUAUAGUAAAAAUGCCAUCUAUUUUUAUAGAAUUUCUUCACAGAACUUAAAAUACACACAUAUACACACACAGUGUACUAGACCUGAGAGCAGGUCCUAGUACCUUUGCAAAUUGAUAGAAAAGAUCUGAUCAAGUACUGAAAAUACUUCAUUUUUAAAUUUUAAAAAUACUCACUUUUCAAAUGGAGGUUUAAAAUUACUUUUUUAACACAGUCGGAUUCAUGGGUUUUUUUUUUUUUUUUUUUUUAACUUAACCCAGGCAGAAACACCCAGUGAUCACAGUAUCUUCACUGUGCCUGUUGCUGACUUGCAGGUGAGGCUAGUUCUGCUGAUGACAAAAAGGCAGAGUCUGGUUUUACAGAAACCUGUAAUAGGUACAACCAUAGAAGGUGCAUUCCAAAUAUUCACAUUGUUUAUAGUCAUAUUUCAAAAAGCCAAAUGUGUGUUGAACUCCUGAGCACGGCCUGGGACAUGAGAACUCACCUAGAAGUAGCCGUGGUGCCACAGUGUGGAAUUGUCCCCAAGUGUCCCCAAGGGCUGUGUCUGUGACCAUCUUUGGAGAUGACUCACCUUCAGCCUUUGAGGGUGAACUUAAUUUCAGGAAGCACUAGCUCUGCUGGAUUGGAAGGGGACUCCCAGCAACACUAUCUGUGCUCAAAAGCCAGCCUUUCCUCUGAGAUCAUCUCCAGUCCCGUCCUGUGGGUUGGUUGACUCCAAGGGCAGUAUGUGACGUGUUUCGGCAGAAGUAGUGGGUAAGCUUCGCACACCUUUGGAAACACAGCCAUUUAGAUGUGUGAGUUCUGUUAUCUUUGUUUUCAAAACAGCCAUUUCUCUUUCUGUGUCAUAAUAAAUACAUGCCAAUUUCCAUUUCUAGACUAUAUGGUCAAUGGCAUGAGUUCUUUUUCUUUCACUGUAACAGGUCAUGGGGAACAUAGUGAUGCUUAAAUGUUAAAUUCAUUGUCAAUUCCCUUCAAACUUCUAGCAGCAUUUACAUAUUUAGUAAUUCUAAAGGGUUAUUCACGGUUGAUCCAAAUUUCAUAUGAAGCGUGUUUUCUGUUUGAACACAAUGUUGGGGAGAAAAUGUUGUGUUUAUACUUUGAGAACUAAACUUUGACCAAAUAAGUCUCAUAAAUACAGGGGGAAAGUACUUUUCUACGUUGCCAGAGCCUGGAGCACCUCCUGCUGUUUCUCCUUUAGUUCAGCACCACUUGCUGGUCAGUGGCAGAACUGUCCUGAUUUCAUGAAUGUCAGGCUGCAUCUCAACAUGUCCAUUUUUCCUGAAUUUGUUAAGUGAAAAGCAAUUCUUUUCCUUUUGGAAACUAAUUAUUGGACAGAAAUUGCUUUUGCUGAGUAGUGGUUUUGUGAGUCUAUGUUUCAUUUUGUUAUUUGUAUACAAAGGAUCACUGAUUGUUCCUAAGCACAGGGAAGUCUAAAGAUGCUCCCCCUUUGAGGUCUCAGGUGAGGAUCCAAAUCCCCCCAAACUUAUGGGCUCUCAUGAACUGUAAGAGCAUCUUGUUUGGUACCCCAGCUCGGAAGUGUUUUUUAUUAAGUAUUAUAGAACCAAAACACUAAAGUUUACUAUAACAAAAGAAAUGUUCUUUUACUAAGUUAUUGCUGGCUAUUGAAUAUCUGUUGAAUAACUGGGUCUGCUACCAAGACAAAAUUAUAUUUCUUACCAUGUUUUAAGUUGUUAAGCAAAUGUGAGUAAUUUUUUUAAAAAAGCUUAUUCUGAGAUUUGUGCGCUAUUCAUCAUUUUAGGAAUUAUGAACUGCUUGGAACAGCUGCUCAAGUGUAUUUUUCUACCCAGGUCUGUACUUCUGCAACUUUUUCUUUUUUAAGACAAAACAA